AUGACUGCGGGUGUCUCUCCGUCUAGCUCCCCGCGACUUCCCAGUCCACCUCCCUUUACAGAAGUCCAGAUCGGGCCUCAGUCGCCUUCCGUUGGCGAGUCGUCUGGCAAAGAUGCAGAGCUGUUCCUAAGCGCGGGCGAGGACGAUGGGUCGACGCGCAGGAUUCGACCGGGCACCAAGACUGCUGACAUGGCAUUCGGGCCGCCGCUGAUUCCUUUGUCGCAGCUCGACUCUCCUUUCCAACUACAGGAGCAUCUCAAGGCUUUGUACAAUCACUUCACCAAACCUGAAGGAUCAGACACGAUCAUCCCGAUCAACCGCGAAGUCGCGCUUCAGCUUGCCGAGCCCCCCGAGGGUGUUGACCGAUCAUUAUGGCUCUAUGAGCUGUGCCGCUUCCUCACGAUGAAAGUGAACAACCUCAUCGUCGCUUUCUUCGCCGAGAACCCCCCGUGCUCCGCGCAGACCUGCCCCGAGAUGCGCGCAUCCGAAUGGCAGUAUCUCUGCGCCGUGCAUGACCCGCCCAAGUCGUGCUGUGCGAUCGACUACUGCUGCCACACUCUUGACUGGGCAACGAAUACCCUUACGUCGCCCAAGUACUUCCCCAGCCGGCUCACGCUAGGCUCCGAUGCUGCCGGGGGCCCGCAAGCUAGCAUGAGACAUCUCACCAACAUCUUCCGCCGACUGUAUCGCAUCUUUGCGCAUGCCUGGUUCCAACAUCGUGAUGUAUUCUGGGAAGUGGAAGGCCAUGAUGGACUGUAUAUUUUCUUUAAGACGGUUUGCGACCUGUUCAGUCUCAUCCCGGAAGAUAACUAUACCAUCCCUCUCGAGGCGGAAGGCCCGGAUGCUGUACAGCCCGAGGACGACGAGCCGGUCGAGACCAAACGCCUGACGAUCUUGCGCAAGGAUAAUGAAGAUCCCUUCGCGGGCGGCGUGGAGGGCAUGGAUCCGUCUAUCAGCACCGGUGCUACCACACGCCGUCACAAGCAUAGUCCGUCAACUGGAUCACGCGUCACGACGAUUACAGAGAGCGCGGAAGACCCGGAGGAAGCUUUGCAAUCUGCUGCCCCACUCCGGGAGGUCAUGAAGGAUUCGCCCGAAGCCCUGCUGGUGCCCCAGUCAGCCGAAAAUGUCGAGGAGGUGCAAGAGACCUCUGCCCAAGUGGCCGAUCCAGUUGCUGCAAAGGAAGCCACCGAGUCGACCGAGGCGGCUCCGGAGGUACAAGAAGAGGUCCCGGAAGAGGUGCAACAACCCGCUAAUCCGCAGGCGGAUUCAGAGGCAGCCAAGCCCGAAGAGGCUGAACCUCAAGAUGGCGAGGAUGUCAACACCGAAGAACCUACUGAGUCUACUGUCGAGGAGGCUACCAAAGAACCCACUGAGCCCACGAAGGAUACCACGGAGGAAGCCACGGAGGGAACCACCGAGUCCGCCGACCCUGUCGAGAAAGCUCCGGAAAGUGAAGAUGCUACUACCGACCAGGAUUCCAAGGAAUCCGAAGAACCGAAGCCGGAAGAAAAGACAGAAUCCUAA